UUAUUGUCGUUGCCAUAUCGCGGCCAUGCGCUUGUUCAUUCGAAUUAAACAAUCAAUUUCUAGAUAGUUUAAGCAUUAUAGCUCUCAAAUGGAUGAUCCAUCCACCACGCUCUUACCCGGAGAAUCUGAAGAUCUGCGGGAGGCCCGUGAUACAGAAUUGAAGAAGGUGCUUAAACUGAAAUUGGUGCUGGAUGAGCUGCGUCGCAUGGAUUUGGGGCCAGAUCAGAGCCCGGAUAUCAAAAGAGUCCUCAAAUUGAUUUCCUUUGGGAGCUAUGCGCGACUAGGAGAUAUCGAAGGCGGUAGCCAGAAUCAAGUGCUAGGCCUGCAGAGUGCCAACACUUUUCCGCCCUUAAGCUAUACGGAUCGCAAGACGGUGCGCUCAAAACUAUUCGCCCAAUUACGUUCCACUUUGCAGCCCAUUGCCGAAUUAAGCGACCGAAUGCACGAUGAGUUCCCAGUUGCCUUUGGCCAGGAGCCGGACUUGAGUGACGACCAAAAGGAGAUCCUACGCUUGGAAGAAGAGCAUCGCAGUGGACUGGAGAAACUGGUGUCGCUUUUGAGGCGCAAGUGCACCCUUCUCAAAGAAACGGCCGAACUGAAAUUGGGCUCCCAGUUGGCCAACGAACUGAAAUUGCAACAGGCGCAGGCGCAGCUCGUUCAGACAAAAGCGGAACUCCUGCGUUGUUUCAUUGUUCAUGAGGCCGCUUCCCGCACAGAAAACAGCGUCAAGGCACACAAGGAGGUAGAGGCGCACCUAGACAAGCUGCUCGCCGCCAAGAAGUAGAUUAAGAAAAUUAAAACUAUGAAAUUUUGAUUUAAAUAUAUUAGAAUUGUUAGUCAAA